GACCUAGCUGAGUUGAGUACUCGUUUCUAUGAUCAUGAUGUAGACCUGCUGCAGAAGAUUCUGGUAAUAACUAGGGGUGAACUAGAGAAGGCGAUCAAUUUGAUGCUCCUCAUCACCGAUGAUGAUACCAAAAAUGAGGAACGUCUCAAGCCGUUGACCAGGGACAUCGACCUAUCCCGAAUGUUACAAAAACGUGAUGAUGUCAGAUGCAGAGCUAGAAGGGAAAGAUUAGUCUAUGAUGAAGAAUGGCCAAACCCUGGUG